GCAUAAACAAAACAAUUUCCUCCUCCCCUCCUGUUUUAAUUGAUGUUGAUAAGAAGUGAAGUCAGUAAAAAAUGCGGCUUGCGAUUUCGAGACCGAGUUCAAUCCGGCGAUGAAUUAUGAAUUCCAUGAGAUGAUUGUUGAUUUUUGAAUUUUAUUUAUUUGUUAUUUUGCUCAAAAAUAAUCUAUGCACACCUUCAAGUCGUGCGUUUUGACACUACAUUAAUUAUCAAAUCCAAGCGACUGUUUCAUAUGAACUUUCUUCGAACUUACUUCGAACGGCAAACCGUUUACAAAUUGAAACACUCCGACGGUGCAUCAUGAGUACGAGUGGUGAAAACUGUACCGGUAUUUCGCUUAAAACAAUUACUCAGAAAUUGUUGGAAUUUGCUCCUGCAUCAUUGGCAGAAUCUUGGGAUAAUGUCGGUUUACUUCUCGAACCAACUCGCGACUAUCCCAUCAAUUGAAUUUUACUUACAAACGAUCUAACAGAAGAUGUGCUGGAAGAAGCUCUAUCUAUCUCCGCCAAUUUAAUUAUAUCGUACCAUCCGCCGCUAUUCGUACCAAUUAAAAAAAUCACUCAAAACACUUGGAAGGAAAGAAUUGUAUCGAAAUGUUUAGCUAAUAAUAUCGCCAUUUAUUCUCCUCAUACGACGUGGGAUGUGAUUGAAGGAGGAGUGAAUGACUGGUUAGCAAGUGCCUAUGAUUUUGAAAUAAAAAAACCGCUAAUUGUGCAGAAGUGUGAUAAUUUUCUAAAUCGGAAUAUAUUAAUUUUAUCGACAGAAAAAACAGUUUUGCCAAUUUUAAAUCAAACCGACGAUGUAUUGUACUUCUAUGUCAAUCCUCAUCAUAUGGCGGAAGAAACUGAAAGAGGGCUUGGUCAUAUGUGUACGUUGAAAAAUGAAAUUACAAUCCAAGAAGCUGUCAAAAAAUUGAAACGUCACAUUGAUGUGCCUCACGUCCAACUUGCUUUAGCCAGGAAAGCCACUCUCGAACACAAAAUAAAGACAAUAGCAUUCGUUGCCGGGUCUGGUGGUUCUGUGAUGAAAAAUAUUCACUGUGAUUUGAAAAUUACCGGAGAAGCGUCUCAUCAUGAAGUCUUGGAUUCUAUUCACAAUGGAGCGUCUGUGAUACUAACCAAUCACAGUAAUUCAGAGAGAGGCUUUCUUGCCAAGUUCAAGGAAAUUUUAGGUUCCCUGCUGAAUAAUUCCUGCGUUUCAAUUGUUGUUUCGAAAACAGAUUCGGAUCCUUUGAAAGUAUUUUGAUUAUUCAUUCACCAACGCAGAUAGGUAUGCGGAUUGUUGAGUAUUUUCCUUUUUUGAAAGCUAUGCAGGUAACUUUGAAAUAAAGAUUUAUCACAUUAAUAAUAAUUUAUAAUUUUAUAUUUUCAAUCAUUCCGGGAUACAAUGUCUUAAAUAAAUCAUACAGACGAGCAAUA